GAACAAAUCAUUAGGCUUUUAUUAUUUUGACUUGUGAAUUUGUCCAGCCAAUCAUGGAUUGUGAGAAAAUGGAUUCCUCGAAUACUUUGUCAGAAAUAGGAAGAUCCGUGACGGAUUUGAAGGAGAAAAGGGAACCAAUGCCUUUAGGGAAAGUGUCCACAAGUUCCACAGGAAAUAUAUCUAUUAAGCAAUACUUGUGUGUCAGAGAUAGCUUACCGAAAUCUAGCCUCACUAAAACUAUUCUUUAUGAUAAUGUUAUAGAGGAUCGCUAUCUAGAACUAAAUUUAAGCAAGUUAUCUUUACGUCGUAACAGGACUAGCUUGUAUCAAGAUAUAAAUAAAAGAGCCUUUAAAGCGGAUCAGAAGAGGAAGCACGAGGACUGGAGAAAUCGUCAUGAGGUAGCCAUGUCUUCCAUUAGUUUACCAAUUAUUCAGCAGACAAAAUGUCUUGAUUUUCCAUGUUUUCAACAUUCGAGAACAAUUUUCGGCCUACCUGUUGCUUCCAGGUCGCAUAACCAACAAAUUUCACCACUGUUAAAAGUUCGGCGACAGGAAACGGCAGUGAGAUUUAAAACCGACGAACAAGAUGCUUCAAAACCGGAAGAUACCAGACAUUGCAAGAAAAGAGAUUUAAACGGACCAAAAGUAUGUUUAAAGGAUCCGAGAUUCAAAGGACUUCAUUCUAAUUUACAGAAAGUCAUAUUAAAGAAAUGGGAUCCUAUGGAGAAUAUGAUGCCUAAAAGUAGAUUUGCAAAAUUUGCUGAGAGGCUAAAGUCAAAGAAAAACUCUCGCAAAGUUGUUGUGGCAACAAGAAACUCAGCAUUAAAAUUUUCCUAUAUCUGGGAGGGUUCUUGGGCCUUAGAGGGUUAA